AUGAAUGAAACUAAAGCUUGGGAGGUGGAUACACUGCGAGGCCAUAUGAAUAACGUUUCAUCAGUCAUGUUCCAUGCAAAACAGGACAUAAUUGUAUCAAACUCCGAGGAUAAGAGCAUCCGUGUCUGGGAUGCUACCAAGCGAACUGGAAUUCAGACUUUCCGUCGUGAACAUGAUCGGUUCUGGAUUCUUUGCAGUUCACCCUGA